GAGACAGAGACCCGGGAAAAAUGGGGCGGAGAGCGUAAGAGGUUGGGAUAAAGAGUGCAUUGUGGGCGGAGACAGACUGGGGAAACAGGGCGCAGUGUGAGCGGAGCUACUGUCUGCUUAAGACAGUGAGACGGUCUUUUCAUUCAGACAUUUAAACCAGAGCCAGCAUUUGCUUCGAGAAGGUUGUGAAAGUAUAAAUUGCUCUCGCCUUGUGUGUGAAGAUGGUGUUAUUUCUCCACGGUGUUACAAUGCAGCUGCAGAGUUACUUGCAGGAUUGAACGGAUUAGUAUUAACUGCCAAGUGUUCAUCAGAAAGCUGGGUUUUCUAUUUAGUCCUUGUUGCGCUGUUCUUCCGGCUACUCGAGUGAAGGCAACAGGGAGCUAGAGACCAUUGUGAGGCAGGUCCCAGUGGAACGGAAAAGAGACUCUGUGCCUUUUGGGGAAACUUGCUUAAAAGCAGACCUGCACAACUUUAAACUGAAGAGGCGAUUAAGCAACAAUUAUUGAACCAUAAGGCUGCCAGGAUGGAGGAAUACUGCUACUACAAUGAAACCAUUGCCUUUUUUUACAACAACAGUAAAAAACCCCUAGCUCAAGAAUGGAAUGCAAUCAGCAAGCUUGUCAUGGGCCUGGGCAUCACCGUGUGCAUCUUUAUAAUGCUUGCUAACCUGCUGGUGAUGAUAGCAAUUUAUGUGAACCGCCGCUUCCAUUUUCCCAUCUACUAUUUGAUGGCGAAUCUUGCAGCCGCGGACUUCUUUGCCGGCCUGGCCUAUUUUUACCUCAUGUUCAACACGGGACCCAACACCCGCAGGUUGACUGUCAGCACGUGGCUUCUGCGCCAGGGCCUAAUAGACACCAGCCUCACUGCCUCGGUGGCAAACCUGCUGGCCAUUGCCAUCGAGAGGCACAUCACGGUGUUCCGGAUGCAGCUGCACACCAGGAUGAGCAACCGUCGUGUCGUGGUGGUGAUUGUUGUGAUAUGGACCAUGGCCAUCAUCAUGGGGGCUAUCCCCAGCGUGGGCUGGAAUUGCAUCUGCGACAUCAAUAUCUGCUCCACCAUGGCACCGCUCUACAGCAGCUCCUACUUGGUCUUUUGGGCUAUUUUCAAUCUGGUCACCUUCGUUGUUAUGGUGGUCCUGUACGCCCACAUCUUUGUCUAUGUGCGACAGAGGACUAUGAGAAUGUCUCGUCACAGUUCAGGGCCCCGCAGAAACCGUGACACCAUGAUGAGCCUGUUGAAGACAGUUGCUAUAGUCCUUGGGGCGUUUAUCAUCUGCUGGACUCCGGGCCUGGUUUUGCUCCUGCUGGAUGUGUUCUGCCCUGACUGCAACGUCCUCACUUACGAGAAGUUCUUCCUGCUGCUGGCUGAAUUCAACUCUGCGAUGAAUCCUAUCAUCUAUUCCUACCGCGACAAGGAGAUGAGCGCAACGUUCAAGCAAAUCUUGUGUUGCCAGCGCAACGAGGGCAGCAACAGCGCAGCUGAGGGCUCGGACCGUUCGGCUUCUUCCCUCAACCACACCAUCUUGAGCGGGAUACACAACGACCAUUCGAUGGUGUAACUGAGGCAGAGAGGAUCACACUGAUUACUGCAAGGUGGCCAAGAUGGAGGAGACCCCCAAGUGUGAACCAGCUGUGGACAAGUGAAUUAAACACUGAAGACUAAAUACUAAAUAAGCUCCAGCGGCCAAUUCACAAACUAAUAUGAGACGUUGUUGACAAGUAUUCCUGCUUUAGUAGGUCAUAGUGUGAGACAUCUUUCAUAACACCAGUUGAAGUCUUAAGUACUUAUAUUAUGUUACCUGCCAAACUGUAGAAAUUGUGGCUUAUUAACAAUAUAGUAAUCUUAUCUUAUUCACCCCUAUCAGCAUGCUUGAGAAGGACAUAUUGCUUCAUGUUACUUCUCACUGAUUAACCAAAACUACUUAUAAGUACCAGAAAGUAGUUGUUGCUCUCUCUGAAGAGACUGUUGGCUGUUCUUCAGGGCAUACAAACUGUGCAAUUCAUUAGCAAGCUUUGAAAAGUUUUUGCCUUCUCAGUCUCUGUUUUUAAUUUAAAAACAGCAGUUGCUCCCAAGCUGACACAAUUGAUUUUGAUUUCAACAUUCAAUCCUCUGCAACUAUAUUUUCGACAGGACAUUUUAUCUGAGAAAAUAACUAUUGUGUAACAGCAAAUUAGUUUUUGUUUUACUGCAUAUUCUGCAUUUCGAUAAUUGUUAGGACCUACUGAAUAAAUAGUUCAUUGUUUCAGGCAAGGCUGCCACGUUAGCUUGUUUUAAAUUGCUACUAAUUGCACUCUUCAAAUUGGUUGCCAUGUUACAGUUAAAAUACAAGGUUACAAAUGGAAAGUAGAUUUCGGAUGUGUAAAUUUCAGCAAAAAAAGAACUAUUAUGUAGUAUGGUCUGAUGUAUUUUAAAAUGCCAGUGACAAACUCUGUUGACCUGUUGUUUGAUUUCAGAUGGUUGGGCUCUGUGCUUCACAUGAACAGGUUUCAGUUCCUUGUGAAACCCAAGUAGGCAAGAUACUUAGUUGAUACAUCCUAAAUGGAUGAAUUCUUGUCACACUUGACAAGACUCCUGCUGACCUGCACUGUGCAUUGUUAUUGCCAAAGGAGAUGUUACCAAGUGUUUUGUGCUGCAUUCAAGGAUAUAAAUUCUCCUUUUUUAGUUCUACUUCCAUUAUUACAAGUAUGUUUUGUGGCUUCAUCAUUCACAUCUUCCCCCCACCUCAGAAGGUACUGAGUGCCUAUUUGUGUUGGAGAGUUACUUUGGAGUUAUUUUGGAAAUUCAAGCAUAGUGAAAUUCCUAACAGCUAAAACUAAUGAAUGAUGCAUGGAAUCCAGUAGUUCUUUAGAUUGUGUUCCUUGGGUUUGUACCCUACUGUUUGUAGCAGAUGAAUACUGGUGCUGCUGAGUAAAGCAAUACUACUUUGCACUCACAUUAGUAGAACGAUCGAUUGAAAUGGAGAACUAUCUCAAAUAUUGUACUACAGUUUUUAUGGUGGGAUGGGGAAUGUUGGCAAAAUUGUCAUUUUGUAACCUUUCAAUGAUGGAUCCAAUUCUGCUUGUGGAGUUUAUUUUGCUUAACCUAAAGGUGCCUUAAUUAUUAAUGCUUUUGACAUGUUGAGUGUUUGUAAACCUGUGCGUUGCCAAUGCAUUACUGGACCAUUACUGCAAUUUGUAAUGUGUAAUGCUUAUAAUUAACUCUGCAUUCUCAUUAAAUGGUGCACCAGAA